AAAAGCUCAGUAACCUUCGUCAGUAGACGGUGCUACAUCGUUGGCUUUGACUUAUAGAUUGGACGUGUGUAUUGUAUCCAUGUAGUCCCUUUUCUCGGAAAACUUAUUCAUCUACGUACAUUGAUGUCUAUUAUUUGGCAUAUUUACUUGAUACUGUUCGUCUCCAAUCUUGAUUGUGAAUCUUCCUUUAAUGUGGCACUGAGUGCAAGCGAUCACGUUGGUUCAACAUUUAAUCAGAGUUUUACUUAUGGUGUGACCAAUACUGCUCCUGAUGCUUCUACUAAUUUUUCUAUUACUGCCACUGCCACCACAAAUUUUACCACUACUACUGAUGGGUUUAAUCAAUCGAAAUUUUGUCAUCAUUCAAAAUUGUUACCUCCGGAAAAUGUCACAAUCACCAAUGUCACAUCUGAUUCCUUCGAUAUUAAUUGGAAUUUACCACGUCUUUAUAAUCAGCUGAAUAAAGUUGUCUAUGAAAUAUUGAUAAAUAGUCCACAAAGAUUACCAAUAAUCAUUAAAAAUGUCUCAAGUUGUUUUCAAUUGAAAGAAAGGAUUAUAAAUUUAACAUCAUGUUGGUUUUAUAUUAUACAAAUCAAAACACAUGAUAUGUUAUUGAUGAAAUCAAGUGAUUGGUCAAAUCCAGUAUUUACAGCUACAUUAUUACCACAACAUGUCGUUCAAAGUCAUUUUGAAGUAGAAAAUAUGUCUCCAACUAUUCAAAAAGUGAAGUGGAGUAAAUUUACUGUGCCUAAUGAAUGUAUGGCACUUAUUCAAUUAUUACAAAUUAAUGAAAAAACCUUCAUUGAGUUAAUUACCAGUGUGGCAAUAAAUGAAACAGAAUAUACAUUCUAUAAUUUGGCACCAUCAACUCAAUAUACGUAUCAUCUGAAAGUGAUUUCACCAUUUGGUAAUUAUUUAGGGCAGCAUAUUUCAAUAUCUACAAAAACUUUACCUUUGAUUCAUCUUUUAAACACAAGUAUUCAUACACCAAAACUUAUUCAGAUCUCUAAUAUUACAUCCACUUCGUUCGUGAUCAUUUGGUCAGUUGUGAAAACUAAUGGAAGUCAAUUCAAAACUUCUACUUAUGAAAUCUUGCUUAAUAGUCAAAGACAAUCAUUGUUAUUAAUAAAAAAUAUUUCGAGUGAAUUAUUUAGACAAAAAAUUGAGAAUUUAACUGCUUGCACAAUUUAUACAAUUCAAAUGAGAUUAGUAGUAAAAUUAUCUGAAACAGUAUAUAGUGAAUGGUCAAAGCCACUAACUGCGUUUACUUCAAUCUCGAACAUUUCAAAGAAAACUCUCAUAAAAAUUACAAACCUUGGCAGAAAUAUGCAACACUUGAGAUGGAUUAAAUUGAACGAUCCUAUCUUAAUGAACAAGUGUAAAUCCUAUUUAGAAUUAGUUCAAUGUAGUCAUCUAUCAUAUAAUUGUUUGACGGUCGAAUUAUCUGUGAAUAAAACUACUUUUAUAUAUUACAAUCUGAAACCAUUGACUACUUAUACAUAUAGUAUCAAUUUGAUUUCUCCAUUUGGUAAUAUCAAUGAUAUUUACACGAAGUCUACAGCCGAAACACUACCUAAUGGUCCAAAUACACCGGUCAAUCUAUCUAUCAGCCAUAUAUCACCGAACAAACUGACCUUACACUGGCAAAAUCCACCACAACAUCCAGCCUUUGAUGUUCACUGUUUUUGGGUGUACAAACGUGAAUCGAUCCAUCUUAUGAGUGGGUUGGACGAGUACAGAAUUUGUGAUGUUUCGAAUGAACUUAUUUUGACAUCAUUGAUACCGGGAAGACAAUACACUUUGUAUAUGAGAUCUGAGGAUUCUGUGUAUGGAUUACAUAGUGAUGUGUCUAAUGCUAUAAGUGCAACAACCUAUCCAUCACAACCAAAUGCACCAACUAAUCUAACUGUAACCAAUAUUUUAUCUAAUCAAUUUACUGUUAAAUGGACUGAACCAGUACAAGAUUCUGCAUUUAUAAUUAAAUAUUAUUUAAUAUAUUAUCGUCCUACUUUAAAGAUAAAUGAUCUAUUCACACAAUCUCAUAUUUCCUCUAAUCAUUGUAAUGAAUAUAUCAUCACUUCAUUAUUACCUGGUAUUAACUACACAGUAUAUAUGAAAUCGAUCGACUCAAUUUAUGGUAUAUACAGUAAUGAAUCGAUCCCAAUUACAGUGUACACAUUUCCAGAUGCUCCUAAUCCACCUAUCAACGUUACGUUUAUUGAAACUGGAUCAACACAGUUCCGUGUUGUAUGGAUGCCUCCUGAGGAGAAUUUAGCUUUCAACAUCAAUUGUUACUUGGUAUAUAUCCGUCCAACGUUUACUGUAUUUAGCCAUUUUCAAAAAUUCAAUAUUUGUUAUUCUAACGUGUGUGACAUCAAAUCGUUAUUACCGGGAGUAAACUAUACAGUUUAUGUUGAGUCGUUUGAUUUAACAUACGGACUUCGAAGUUUGCCUUCAAAUUAUAUUACCGCUGUAACCUAUCCAGAUAGACCUAUUAAGCCAGAAAAUGUAACAGUGACCAACAUCAAACCAAAUCAAUUCACUAUUAGAUGGAACGAAAUAAAACAAGAUUUAACGUUCACUAACAUUUGUUAUUCACUUUAUGUGCGACCAACUUUAAAUAUUAAUGAUAAUUUUAAUCAGUUCAAUGUUUGCAAUGGGAAAAGCGAAUUUACUGUCACUUUCUUAUUACCUAGAACAAAUUAUACGGUAUAUCUUAAGUCGUUUGAUACUAAUUAUGGUAUAUACAGUGAUGCAACGAAAUCUUUUCUAAUCUAUACAACAUAUCCAGCAUGUACUCUGCCACCAGUCAAUUUAACAUUUUCUGAAAUUAAUAUUUAUGGAUUUACUGUACAUUGGGAUCAUGCAUUAGAAAAGCAUUCAUUCGAUAAUAACAACUAUUAUUAUGUAUUCAUAAAGGCUUUGCACAAUCAUACAAACCAAUCAAUGAAAUUCAAUGCUGGUCAAUCAGCCACAAGUUUACAUAUUUUUAGUCUUUCACCGGAUACAUGGUAUAGUGUAUCUGUACAAUGCAUAGAUACCACAUACCAUAAUAGUAUCGAAUCAGAAGAGGUUUUUGUACAUACAUAUUCCGAGACUGUUGAACGUGACAGUCUUAAUCAGCUGACGAGUCUGAUCCUACAAGUUCCACCAGAACAACAAAUAACUCAUAUUCAACAAGACAAUAUGAUUAGUUUGUAUUUACCGUUAUCUCGGUUAAAUUGUUUCAUUUCAACAGUUUAUGUGGUUUCACUUGUAAUAAAACCAACUAGGGAAAAUCAUGAUGAAAUUAUUUGUUCUGAAGGUUGUACAAAGAAAAUGCACUACAAUGACAUUACGGAUAUUUAUUUAGUUGAGUCGACAUAUAAAAAUCGCCAUAAUAAAGAAAAUGGAUCAUGGGAAAUACUUAUACAUUCACGGUUGGAAUUAAGUCAGACGCGUACACGACGUUCAACGGCUUACCGAAUGAAUGAAAGUUAUCUAUAUUCCGAUAAAUAUUUCAUAAUCGGUGAAAAUGGUGUUUGUCCAUAUAAUUCGCAUGAAUGCAAUGGACCACUUGAACCCGCUACACAGUACAGUAUACAAUUACGUACUUACACGGAAUAUGGAUAUACCACGUCAAAAAUAAUUCAUGGACGUACACUGUCUAACACUACUAUCAUUUUGAUCACAUGUUGUAUCUUGUGGUCAUUGUUCAUAUUGGCUAUAUCCUCAUUCGGUUUAUUAUAUUAUCGUCUUAUUGAAAGAAGCACUAUCCCCAAGAAUAAUGAUAUUUAUAAUAAUAUCGCAAGGGGAAAAAUCAAUAAUAAAUCAAUAAUUAAUGAAGAUAUUUAUUCACAGAAGAUAAUGGAUCGAACCCACCUUCCAAAUUUAUGUACAUCCAUGAAAUGGCCAACACCAGUUACAACCCAUACGUUUAUGGCACAAUAUGAAAACUAUUCAAAAGAUUCAUUCGCAACACUAAAAGUACAAUAUCAAUUAAUAAUCAGUAACAGUCAAUUUCUAAUACAAUCGGAUAUGUUGAGUCAAGAAAUCGGACAAAAGAAUAUAAAUAAACGAUUAAAUCGUUUUAGUGAUAUUCUACCGUAUGAUCAAACGCGAGUGAAGUUAAAUCCACUUCAAAAAAGCAAACAGGAACACGAUUAUGUAAAUGCAAGUUUUAUUUAUGAAAUAAUACCUUGUACAAGUGUUCACACACAUCCCGUGCUAAACAGAAAUAAAAUAGAGUACAUUGCAUCACAGGCACCAUUAGAAUCAACAGUUGGUGAUUUUUGGAGAAUGAUUCUGGAUCAAAAUAUCACCAUUAUCGUUAUGCUUACAAAAUUAUAUGAAGACAAUAUAUCAAAAUGUUGUCAGUAUUGGCCAAAUGAUAUUCAUGAAUCAUUAACAUUCCAGUCAGAUUGCUUGAGAUUAGAAGUGACAUUAUUAUCGGAAGAAGAUAAUCAUAUAUACAUUUUACGUAAACUAUACAUUACUUCUAUUAACAAUCAGUCAAAUAACCCAGAAAAUUCCAAAUAUGUUGUACAGUUGCAUAUGACGACUUGGCCAGACUUCGAUGUACCAAAUCUAAGUGAAUUUCAAACAUUUAUGAAAGACUACCGUGAAUUAAAGUGUGCAGAAUCACAUCGAUAUUCUCCAACUCUUGUGCAUUGCACGGCUGGUGUUGGUAGAACUGGUACGUUUAUUGUUGCUGAUUUAUUACAAAUCUAUAAAGAAUCCAAUUGUGUUUAUUAUGAUAUACCUGGUAUCAUUUUACAAAUGAGACGAUGUCGUCCAUCGAUGGUACAAAAAGUUGCGCAAUAUAUAUUUCUUCACCAGUUUGCUAAUACAUUAUUUCAAUGAUAUUAAUUUUUUCUGAAAAUAUCAACAACUUUGAAAUUUUAUGUUUACUUCAAAUGAAACUUAUCAUUGUGAUCUCAAAAACGUCCGACAAACAAUUAUGUGCGUUGUUAUCACCGAUCAAAUGUUAUUUUCCCUUAUGAAAAAAAUGGUGCUACUUUGUCAUACAAAACCUGGAAAAUGAUUGCCGUCAGCAUUCCAUUCAAUUGAACAGCACAUUUUCCUUAUUUUUUAAACUGUACUCUAUUUAGUGUCGCUUUUAAAUAAAAUGUCAAUAUUUUCAUCUUUAACUUUUUAUGAUUUUAGAAAUAAUUCGUGCAUUUAAUUUCCCCCUUUCAUCCUAACUAAUGAAUUGCGAUGAGCCAUAAUUACUAUUUUGAUAAUAGUAAUUACUAAUAAUAACAUUGUUACUUCUA